GCCUGCGCGGGACGCAUGGUGGGCCCGGCGGCGCCGCCGACACUGAGGGGCCCGGGGGUCGUCGCGGGCGGGCGCCGGCGAGUGAUGGCGCCUUGUGAUCCUUCCCCCGGCAGGAGCGGGCCCGGCAUGGAGGGCGGCGGCCCGGCGGCGCACUGCGUGUGCAUGGUGUCGGACUUCUUCUACCCCAACAUGGGGGGCGUGGAGAGCCACGUGUACCAGCUGUCACAGUGCCUCAUCGAGCGCGGCCACAAGGUCCUGGUGGUCACCCACGCCUACGGGCACCGCAAGGGCGUCCGCUACCUCACUAGCGGGCUGAAAGUCUACUACCUGCCGCUGAAGGUGAUGUACAACCAGUCCACGGCCACGACGCUCUUCCACAGCCUGCCCUUGCUCAGGUACAUCUUCGUGCGGGAGCGGGUGACCAUCGUGCACGCCCACAGCUCCUUCUCGGCCAUGGCCCACGACGCGCUGUUCCACGCCAAGACCAUGGGGCUGCGGACCGUGUUCACCGACCACUCCCUCUUCGGGUUCGCGGAUGUCAGCUCGGUGCUGACCAACAAGCUGCUGACGGUGUCCCUGUGCGACACCAACCACAUCAUCUGCGUCUCCUACACGAGUAAGGAGAACACGGUGUUGCGAGCAGCCUUGGACCCUCGGAUAGUGUCUGUCAUUCCCAACGCCGUCGAUCCCACGGACUUCACUCCAGACCCCUCGAGGAGGGAUGACAGUACAAUAACAAUUGUUGUUGUCAGCAGACUUGUUUACAGAAAAGGUAUUGAUUUGCUUAGUGGUAUAAUUCCUGAACUCUGUCAGAAAUAUCCAGAAUUACAUUUCCUAGUUGGAGGAGAAGGACCAAAACGAAUCAUACUGGAGGAAGUCCGGGAGAGAUACCAGCUACAUGACAGGGUGCGUCUUCUAGGAGGCUUGGAACACCAGGAUGUUAGAAAUGUCCUGGUCCAGGGGCACAUUUUUCUCAACACUUCCCUCACUGAGGCCUUUUGUAUGGCUAUUGUGGAGGCAGCAAGCUGUGGUUUACAGGUGGUGAGUACAAGAGUUGGUGGGAUUCCGGAGGUACUUCCAGAAAAUCUCAUCAUUUUGUGUGAGCCCUCUGUGAAAUCUUUGUGUGAUGGACUAGAAAAAGCUAUUGCCCAGCUUAGAUCAGGAACUCUGCCAUCUCCACAAACUGUUCAUAAUGAAGUAAAAACAUUUUAUACAUGGAGGAAUGUAGCAGAGAGAACUGAGAAAGUGUAUGACAGAGUUGCAGAUGAGGUGGUUUUACCAAUGAAGGAGCGACUCGACAGACUAAUGACUCACUGUGGCCCAGUGACUGGGUGUAUUUUUGCUUUUUUUGCUGUUCUGAACUUCCUUCUCUUGGCGUUUCUGAGGUGGAUGACUCCAGAUUCCAUUAUUGAUGUUGCAAUCGAUGCUACAGGACCUAAGGGUGCAUGGACUAAACAGUACUUUUUUGGGAAAAAAACAAGAAUUAAAGAAGAACUUCCAAACUCUUAAACUGCUUGAGUGGAGAGAGAAGAAUGUGUCGGGCACUAACGGUUUUAAUGCUUGCUGACAGAGACAUUACUCUUAAAACUCUUUAGUUUCUUUCUGGAGUUCUUGGAAAGAAACUUAGUUCAAUGUGCUACCUCAAUUUAGGAUGAUGUUCUUAGUUUAGUUUUGGAUUCAUGCAAAUUUAUAGGCAUCUCUUUUGCACUGAAAGCUGGGAGGAGAACAUGCAUUUUUAUAUAUGUCAGAAGCCUUGGAAACAAAAAUACAAGAUUUUUCUUGAUAACUUGAACAUUGCAGAAAGGGGCUUAGGGAAAGCAUAACACAAAAAUUGUUAGCUUACUUUAGUUCCUGCCAGUCCCUGUAUUUACAGUGAUUUUUAUUUUAAGACCUCUUUCAAAAUUAUUAAAAACUCAACAAAAUACACCUUUUUCCUCCUAAGAUGAAAAUAGCACUUGAAAUUAGUCUUAAAAUCCAUUACCAUGGAAAUUUCAGAGACUUAGUUCUAGCAGUUGUGUCCCAGUGACAGUGUUUUGCCUGCACAGCAUUAUUAUUUUGAAGUUUUUCCCUAGUCAGGGGUGCUCAUCCUGUUGCUAAAUCACAAUUCCAUAAUGAUUUCCUGAUAUUUUCAGAGGUGCUAACUUUGUCUCUUCUCUUACAUGCGUGAAGGUGAUGUAAACCCUAUAGCGGUUUUGUUUUUGUUUUUCGGUACAUAGGCAAAGAAAUGGUAUUAUUUUGGGAUAAUACAGCCUUCAGAAACAUCUCAGGCCUGAAAACUUCCAGCAGACUGUGCCAAAGUGUGAAGUAACACGUGUGUGAGAGAGCAAAAACUGUGAAGGGCUUAACAAGCACAUUUGUGCUUACUUGCUCUCUCCCACCUCCCACCCACCCAUCCCUUCCCCCCCACUUAUCCCUUCCCCCCCACUUCUCUUUCCACUUCCCCUUACUGAUGACCAAAGUGGCAUUUCAGUCCAUCUCUGGGAGGGACGGCGUUCAGGGUGAAUGAUUUCACCUCAUCCACGUCAGAGACACUGGCUGGCAGGUUCUGCAUGUGAAAUCUUGGGAAGGUAUCCCUUAAGUGGAAAUCACCAAUGGCUGUGCUUUUCUUGGAGAGACAGACAGAGAGAGAAGGAGCAUCUGUGAGGAGUCCUGAGUGAUGUGCACAUGGGACAAGAGGCAGCACAGCGUUGUGCCAAUGUGUGUGAGAAGAGGUGCUUAUUUCAUUUGUGUCACCCACCUCUAAAAUUGCCCCUUGUCAAUUUUGCACUGGGUUAAUUUAAUUUUCCAGCAUCACUAAUGAUGACAAGCUUACUCUUUUAUGACUGGAAUAUUGUGUGCUGUCACACACUGCAUUAAUAUUAUAACUGUGCAAUAUGAAAAUACUGUUUCCAAGCCCUUGAAGGGUAUUAUUUAACACAUUACUUCUGCCAAAUUCAUGUUGUUUGGGUAGAGAUGUAUAAUUAAACAAGCAUUUUAUAAUUUCACUGAACAUAUUUUCAUGAAACACAAAGUAGUGUAAAUAAUUGCCAUAUAUAAAGUCUAUUUUCUUUUACUAGAAUUUUUAGCCUUUGAUAUGUAACAUACAGCCUGUAAUAUUACAAUUUGAGUUUUUCAGACUGCAUUAAAAGUGAAAGCCAUCCAAAAUGGUGCCACAAGGUUUAAGGGUAAAUGGAUAGAAUUAAACUAAUAUUUUACUUUUCUAAGUUAUUCUUUUUUUUAUAUUAUUUAAGCAUUCAGAUUUCUAAACUUUUGAAAAUACUGAUUGUCACACCAGGGAAAUGUUAUACACACAUAUACACACAUAUAUAUAUGUAUAUAUAUAUGUAUACACAUAUAUAUGUAUGUAUUUUUAGUAAUAUUUUGUUUGUUCUCUUUUAUUUAUAUUUGGUUUCCUGCAACAUCUGCAAGCACUAAGGAUUGUGUGUAUCUGUUCAAAAUACUUUUUUCUUUUGUGGAACAUUCUGUGCUUAUGAAUAACAUAAUAAAACCUUGUUAUGGUCUUGUUUGCAAGACCAAUGUAAAGUUUAUCUAGAGGUUUAUUUACCUUUCCAUAAGAAUGGAUAAAUUUCACUAAUAUGUGGGAAUAUAUAACUAGAAAAUACAGAACUACAAAGCAUAAUGCUGCUUUCUACCACUGGUUGUUUGAGUUCUUAUUGGAAUGUUUUUUAAUAAUCAUCUUUCUGUACAAGCUGCCAUACAAACUUAACCCAUAGCUGGUUCCUCAAAUAACACCACUUUUAUUAUGCAGAACUCUGUGAGAAUGAUUUGCUCACUGGCCUUGUGCAGUGGGGUAAAGGAUGAUGCCACAGAAACAUUUGCAGUUUUACAAAACAUCAGUGGGUAAAAUGAAAAAGGUUAGAUAAAAUAAACAGACUACUAAAAAAAUUUACUGAGAUAAUGAGUGUGGUUAGAAAAUAAUAAAACAACUUGUUAAAAAAAUUAAAUGCUUCAGUUGUGCUUUUAGGUAACAUUUCAUUGUUGUGAAAUACCUGGGAAAUGUCAGCAAAGAGAGAGUGACAUUAAUUAAGCAAUAUCUUGCACAGAGCAGAGCCUCUGGUGUGUAGGAGAAGAAGGAAAACCUGUAUAAAAGGUCCCCACAAACUGCAAUGAAAUUUAAUCCCCAAGCACAAGAAGAAGUGUUUCCAAUACAUUAUGUGCAGACCCUGAAUUAAGGUGUUGGUAAUUGAAAAUUGUAGGUUAAACCAUGCAAUACACCAUACAAGAAUCAAGUAAUGUAUGGAUAUAAGAAUAGUCUUUCAGGCUGUGUUUUACUGGGUGUGGAUAGAUCUGUAAGAAGGUAAAUACUGUAAUUUACUUUUUUUUGUGGUCAAGUUUUUCUGCAUCUAUUUAUAUUUUUCCCUAUUUUUCACUAGUCCCUUUUUUCAUAUAUGCUUUGGCUUUUAUUGUAAAAGUCACUCUGAUGCUUUCUGCU